UGUGACGAGCUCAGGAAAAGGCCUUUACUAGAUGCCUUUUUAAACUUUUUCUUGUUGGAAGGCAGUUCUGUUAACGCCUUUUCAGCACAUCUUCUUCUUUUUUGGCGGGGUUUUGUGUGUGAGGUGGAAUGCUCACAUGAUCAUCUUCUUCUACCACAACCGUCCGGCAUAUCUUGUGCCGCACCUGUGUAAGUUUUUGCCGUAUAGCUUAAGCUUAGCUUCGCAUUUGUGUAGGCCUGACAAGGCUAAGGACUAUGAAUACUCUUUUGUCUCUUCCUCCAGCACGGUUGUAGUGGGUAUGGAGAAUGUUGAACUGCCCGCAUUCUAUAAACUUGUCAUUUUCUUGGUUAUGCAUUGUCUGUCUCGAUCCAGAUUUUUCUAAUUCACUUGCCAUUGCUUGAUUUGAUUGGAUUGAUGUUUUCACUUGGAUACUGACGUAGAUUGAUUUUUAAGGGAAAACUGAUUUGGGUUUAACAAUUUUGAUUGAUCCAUCUUGGCUCCACCUAAAAUUUCGUCAAAGUGUUAUUUGGAAUUCAUCUGUGUCUCACUUUUCACCCAUCAGGAUUGGAUUUCCAGGCUUUUUGGAUUGACCCAUGUUGGGUUCUUCAAAGAAUUCCGUCUUUUGGUCAUCCAGGUUGUCAUUCUCCUCGGAUUGACCCAUUCUGUUGAAAUUCAGAAAUGCGUGUUUGGGAAGGUCAAGUCCAUGACUUCUUUUGGUCUGAAUGUUAAUAUAUAAAAUGAGGAUACUUUGCAGAAGAAACAAAUUCUAUUAGUCAAAUGAAAUAUGUUCUCGCAAUGGUGGCUACAGUAAAGAGGCAGAAAUUGAUGACGGAAGCAUGGAGAUUCAGGUGAUCGGGUAAGAAAACUACGUUGAUUUCAUAAUUAAAAUUAUUUAAAAAGCCAAAUUGAAUUGUAAAAAUGAGGGAUUUUCCUUCUUGUUUCGGGGAACAUGGAGUGCAAGUCACCGAGUCAUCUACUAGCAGUAGCAACAGUAGGAUGACACAGAAUCUGGUAACAUGUGUGUACCAAGCCAAACUUGGGGACCAUUCUCGUCUAAUCACAGUCACAUGGUGCAAAAAUCUGAUGGGUCAGGGUCUGAGUGUAAAUGUAGAUGACGAGUCAUGCCCUGGCAUGACUUGUAAAGUGGAUAUGAAGCCUUGGCUGUUUUCAAAGAAAAAGGGGUCUAGGAGUUUUGAGGUGGGCACCGGACGAAUUGAUGUAUUUUGGGACCUGUCAUUUGCCAAGUACGGAUCUGGUCCUGAGCCCUUGGAGGGCUACUUUUUAGCUGUAGUUUCUGAUUCUGAAAUGGCUCUUCUGCUUGGUGAUAUGACCAAGGAGGCCUAUAAGAAGACUCAUGCAAGCCCCCCCUCUGGUGAAACAAUUCUUAUUUCAAAGAAAGAACAUGUUUUUGGUAAGAAAGUGUACAACACAACGGCUCAAUUUUCUGAUAAUGGGCAACCUCAUGACAUCAUGAUUGAGUGCCAUACAGUAGGCUUGAGAGAGCCUAGGCUUUCUGUUCAUAUUGACAGAAAGAUGGUUAUGCAGGUUAAACAUCUGAUGUGGAAAUUUAGAGGCAAUCAAACCAUUUUGAUUGAUGGACUUCCUGUUGAAGUGUUUUGGGAUGUGCAUAAUUGGCUAUUUAACCCCAGUGUAGGCAAUGCAGUGUUCAUGUUUCAGACUGGCCUUUCCACCGAGAAAUCAUGGUACAAGCUCUCAUCUUCUUCCAUAUUGCCUCUGCCGACUACUCAGGGACUUAAAGAGGAGUCUAGAGGUCUAGGAUUUUCCUUAUUGCUGUACGCAUGGAAGAGUGAGUAGACUGGUCUUGACUUACAAAUCAUUGAUAUUACAUGGGGUUCUAUUUCCUUUCCUACUUUUUAACUGACCUGAAUUUCUUUCAGUCAUAGCUUUUAACUGCAAGGUGGGAAUUUUUAAUAAGUUAAAUAGCAUUUGGUGAUGGUUAAUAUACCUUGUCAAUUAAAUAGAUCUGCUAUUGGGGUUUUUGUGAAGUUGAAUUUGGUUUUCCGAGAGAUUGUUACUAUCCACAAUAAUAGGUAAUGUCUCUUCGCCGUAACCAUGGAAGGUUUUCAUCUACAGGCUGUUUAUUAAGCAGAGAUGAAUCUGGAAAAGGAUAUAAGUACUCAGAGUGAUUAUUUCAGAUUGCAUUAAUUGGAUUGCUAGUGCUCAUUGGAAGCUUUCUUAGUCCAUUUCCAAUAUCUAGAGAAAUUUGUUGUCUUGUGUGAUUUCCUGUUUGCACCUGAAGUUGUAACCGCUGAUGCUCCAUGAUAUUUAUGAUGUUGCAACCUUAGUUUUGGCUGAAGCAAGCUCAGAAAUCACAUUUGAUAGCAGUUCAGUUCUGUGACAUUUUUUAUUUUAUUUUUGUAACCGUUCAUGCUAGAUAAUAUCAUUGAUGGAGCAACUUUGGUUUU